AACAUCAACAGUGUUUAUCGCGCUGUCUGUGUUGCUGAAGUUGAAACAUAAUUACAGACAUUUCUGAUUGAAAACUUCUGUUACCGAAAUCCUUAAUUUGUUUAGGGAAAACAUUCCCUAUUCCCUCGACCCUUCCUUUCUUUACGUGACAUGCAAAAUGGAUGCAGAGGACGUGACAAACUAGACACAGGGAAUGUUUACUGGUUGCUCAGGCGAUAAUGGGGAAGUCAGAUGUGUGGAAUAAAUUUGACUAGUUGUGGGAAAUCAUGAAGAUCAAGAAAAAGCUCAACCCAGAUGAUGAGUCCAGUCAAUUAUGAUUUCCAGGACAUCAGGCCAGUCACACUACACCUUCCAGAAGAGACGGUCACCUCCUUGUACUGUGUCACUGCUAAGGGGCUGGAGGCCCAAGUGGCCUCCUUAGUCGAAGCCUUCCUGGUUGAAGUGUACCGCUGCAGAGUGUGCCAGUUCACCAGUGGCCUAAAAGGCAGUAUCCGAACACACGUACUGGAGAGACACAAUUUAGGAGCCUCCUCCUGCCCUGGUCUUCCCUGUCUUGAGAAGGACAAUGGCCUUGAGGUAGGGGUGGGAGUUGACAGAGAAGAUGAUGAUGAUGAUGAUGAACUGGACCAAAAUGGCUCCCCAGGCUACAACCUGGAGGAUGACCUCCAUUCCGUCUCAAAGGAUGCUGACCAGAUGGAUCAUAUGGGCUUGGAGCGCAUGUCCUUCCUGCUGCCCAUGUACGGCAUGCUGCCCAAUAUCAGUCCCCGGUCAUGUGACAUGGCCCUGAGUUCCAACUCGGACGGGAGCCUCCACGUUGCACAGACCUGUGAGGUGAGCACUUUGUUUGAGGAGGAUGAGAGACAUGGUGAGGAGGACGAAGAGGAGAGCGUGUUCCGAUUGGACGCUGCCGACUCCGUCAACCUGUCGUGUCCAAUGGGCUCGGUGGUGAUAAACGAGGCCAAGGAUGAUGAGAUGGCCCAGUCAGCUCACCUCAUGACCCUGGGCCUCUGUCGCAUCUCCACAGCCAACAAGGGCCUCUCAGACCGAGCGGGUACCCAGCUUCCCUCAACUCCCAUCGGGCAAGAGGGUUUGGAGUCAGACACCUCCUUGGAUGACAAGAUGGAUGACAAAAUGCCCCAGUCCCAGGGAAAGCAGUCCCCUCCUCAUGGCCCCAAGCAGCGGAGGUCACUGUUCUGUGUCCUCUGCCGUGCCACCCUGACCUCUAGACACUUGCUUGAGGUCCAUCUUAAAUGUCACAACGGGGACAGGGGCUUCAAGUGCCUUCAGUGUGGCUGGACGUCGGCCGUGUGGGGGGAGAUGGAGCGCCACUGGAGGGCCCACGGGAAGAGGAUGCGGCGGGGGAAAAAAGAGAAAGAUAGGGGCACCCGGCCCCAUGGCUGCCAGGUUUGUCUCCGGAAGUUCCGGAGUGUUAAGUCCCGGGAUGCACAUAAGCGGCGGCACCACAGUCAACGGCGGAGUCCUCAAGAAUGCUUCACAUGCCAGCACUGUGACUACAGUGAUAAGUCGUGGGACAAGCUGCACAAACACAUUCUCUCAGAGCACAAAGCCUUUGGGGACAGACUGACAAACCCGGAUGGACUGAGCACCCAUGUUGUGUGUGCUUUGAGGAAGUUCACCCACGAAAGCAAUUACCCACAAGACCUGCAAGGAGUGGAGCCAGAAAAGUGGAAUAAGUGGAGGCUGAAGCAGAGGGGAAGAAAGGACGGAGAGGAGGGCAGAGAGGAGCAAGGGCAGAAAGCGGAGGAAUCGGUGAGGAGGAAAGGGAGGAAAGAGUUCUGCUGUGCCCUCUGCAACAGGAAGUUCUCCACCAAGCUGACCAUGCGUCGCCACAUGGGCAUCCACCAGGGGGACAAGCCCUUUGAGUGUCCCCAUUGCCACUACAGCACCCGGCUCAAGGCCUCACUGGUACAGCACCUCCGUGUUCAUACAGGUGAGAAGCCCUUCAAAUGCCUUCAGUGUCCCUACGCCUCCAUCGACAGCAGCUCCCUGCGCCGACACUCCCGCACGCACACACAGGAGAGGCCCUACUGCUGCCAGUACUGUCCCUACAGCAGCAUCCAGAAAAAGAGCUUAGAUCUCCACGCACGACGCCACCACACAGGCGAGUCUUUCCCCUGCCACCUCUGUCCGUACGCUACACCGGACCGCCAGCUGCUGCUGCGCCAUGUGCGCAAGCACCACUCUUCUGAACCAUCCCACGUAUUGGGACCAAGGACACCCAAACGUCCCAAAUCCUCUAUCUCUGCAGGAAGGGUCCAGUAAUCCUGACAAAUAACUUUCUCUGGGUCCUGUUCAGUAGGCACCAAACGAAAGAAAACUGACUGAUUGAUAGGGACUACCUGGCCUUCCUUUUCCAUUGCGUGGCCUAAUGGAACAUGACCCUGGUCUUGAAUGGAGAUGUGUCUUUAAUCAUAUUAAACAAGCACAUUUAUUUUACUACACCUCACAAUAGUUGAUAUUUCUUUAGAAAUGAAAUGGUAAUUACAUAGUAAUAACCUAAGAAUUUUCUGUGAAUUUUAUGAAGUUGAAUCGGUACCGCUUGCCGUGCAGGAACAGAGAGAAAAGGGUGGCUGGAGAAGGGGUCCUUAUGGUGUAGCUGACCCUGCUCAUUCUUGAUAAAUUUAGGAUUUUAGACAAAUCUGACGGAGUUGACCAAAUCCCCGGACACAUUUUUUAGGAAUCACAGUUUUGAGAGAGAGAUUAUUUAAAGUCAGAGAGGACUAUUGCAAGAAACUACAUACAAUCCUUUUUCAUUUAAUAUUCAUUAUUGCCAGUUUUUUUUAAUUUGAAACACUUUUUUGGAGAGUUUGAAAUUGGGAUCCUUUGCUCCAGACAAGGGCAUUUCCGGGCAUAGCCAACAUGUAAAUGUAAUUUUUAAGCUCAAAUCCACCCCAUUUUCGAAUGUUGCUUUGAGCACAACCAAAUAACAGAAGUGAUGGAUUCGACUUCCGCUUUACUUCUCUACUGCAGCGCGCCGGUGCCAAACUUGCCAGAAUAAAUAUUUGUGUCAUUCUCAAAUUUUGGCCACGACUGUACACCCGCCCACUCAGGUCAGAGUUAUUGUCAUCCAAAGAGAGAAGACGCAGGUUUUCAGGGGACUUUUUAUUGUCGACAACAACGCGAAUGUCUGAAUGCAUCGAAAUAACCACAACAAUAACAUUUCAAGUCGUUCAAAUUGCCACAGAUAAAGAACUACCUUCAAUUGAAGCACCUUUGUGUGUGUGUGGUGACAAUUAAGAGAGUAAUGGGCAUCAACAUUAUGUUCUAACCGGACAACACUGUAGUGAGCAGAACCUAAGCAAUUAGCAUAAGUUAAUAGCGUGUGAGUGCAUUCACAGCCGACCCCUCAGAUGAGUGUAGCACACGGGGUUCUGACAUUAUACACUGCACUCGUUGAGAGAGGUAGUUAGAAAACCAGGCCAAAGACCCCUCAGAGACACCAAUACUCCUUAGCCGGCCCACAAGAAUGGAAUGGUCUACCGUAUCAAAAGCUUUGGCCAAGUCAAUAAAAAUAGCAGCACAACAUUGCUUAGAAUCAAGGUAAAUGGGGACAUAAUUUAGGAUCUUUAAGGUUGCAGUGACACAUCCAUAACCUGAGCGUAAACCAAAUUGCAUACCAGAGAGAAUACUAUAGAGAGCAAGAAAGCCAAUCAGUUGAUUAUUGGCACAUUUUUCCAACACUUUUGAUAAACAGGGCAAAAUAGAAAUGAACCUAUAACAGCUAAGAUCAGCUUGAUCUCCUUUAAAUAAAGGAUGCACCGUGUCUGCCUUCCAAGCAAUAGGAACCUCCCCAGAGAGGAGAGACCAGUUAAAAAAGGUCAGAGAUAGGCUUGGCGAUGAUAGGGUCUGCAACCUUAAAUAAGAAAGGACUCAAACCAUCUGACCCAGAUGCUUUUUGGGGGUCAAGUUUAAGGAGCUCAUUUAGCACCUCAGACUGCCUGCAGGGAGAAACUUUGUAGCGGGGCAGAGUAAAAGAGGGAGGAGCGUCGGGGCUAGUCACAAUUAGAAGGGGUGGGAGAUGAGGAAAUGUUGGACGGGCAAGGAGGCAUGGCUGAGUCAAAUAGGAAUCCUGACUUAAUGAAUUGGUGAUUAAAGAGCUCAGCCAUGUGCUUUUUGUAAGUACCAAAAACAUCAACAUUAAGAGACAUGGGCAGCUGUGAGGAGGAGGGUUAAUUCUCCAGGUCUUUAACCAUUUUCCAGAACUUCUAGGGGUUAGACCCACAGAGAGAGAACUGCUCUUUUAAAAUGACUUACUUUGGCCUUCCCGAUAGCCUGAGUGCACUUAUUUCUCAUUUGCCUGAACGAGAGCCAAUCAGCCUGAGGUAUACGUGUGUGUCACAUAUACUCCCUCUCUGGCGCUCUAGGUCACCAGGCUGCUCAUUAUUACGCACACCUAUCACCAUCGUUACGCACACCGGUCACCAUCGUUACGCGCACCAGCACCUCAUCAGACUCACAUGGACUUCAUCACCUUCCUUAUUACCUUCCCUAUAUCUGUCACUCACUUUGGUUCCUUCCCCAGGCGUUAUUGUUUAAUGUCUGUACGCUGCCUUAAUGCUUAAAACUAGCAAAUCAAAUUGUUUGGGGACAAACUUGGUGGAGACAACUGAGCAUUGAAGGUGUUCCUCGGUAAAGAUUGCCACUCCACCACCUUUAAAAGAUCUGUCUUGCCGAAAAAGGUCAUAACCAGAAAGGUUAACAUCAGUGUUCAAAACACUCUUUCUUAACCACAUCUCAGUAAUGACCAACACAUCUGGAUUGGAGCUGUGAAUCCACAUCUUCAAUUGAUACAUUUUAGGUAAUACGCUUCUAGUGUUAACAUGCAGAAAAUAAAUUGUAGACUUCCCCAAGUCUGGUUCAUCCUUGGGAGCAAUUUCAAAACGCCUGAAGCUACCACGUUCAUCUGUACUAACAAUAGUACGCAAGUAUAAACACCAUGGGACCACGCAGCCAUCAUACCGCUCAGGAAGGAGACGCGCUCUGUCUCCUAGAGAUGAACAUACUUUGGUGCGAAAAGUGCAAAUCAAUCUCAGAACAAGAGCAAAGGACCUUGUGAAGAUGCUGGAGGAAACAGGUACAAAAGUAUCUAUUUCCACAGUAAAACGAGUCCUAUAUCAACAUAACCUGAAAGGCCGCUCAGCAAGGAAGAAGCCACUGCUCCAAAACCGCCAUAAAAAAAGCCAGACUACGGUUUGGAACUACACAUGGGGACAAAGAUUGUACUUGGAGAAAUGUCCUCUGGUCUGAUGAAACAAAAAUGGAAAUGUUUGGCCAUAAUGACCAUCGUUAUGUUUGGAGGAAAAAGGGGAACGCUUGCAAGUCGAAGAUCACAUCCCAACCGUGAAGCACGGGGUGGCAGCAACACGUUGUGGAGGUGCUUUGCUGCAGGAGGGACUGGUUCACUUCACAAAAUAGAUGGCGUCAUGAGGGAGGAAAAUGAUGUGGAUAUAUUGAAGCAAUAUCUUAAGACAUCAGUCAGGAGGAUGAAGCUUGGUCGCAAAUGGGUCUUCCAAAUGGACAAUGACCCCAAGCAUACUUCCAAAGUUGUGGCAAAAUGGCUUAAGGACAACAAAGUCAAGGUAUUGGAUUGGCCGUCAAAGCCCUGACCUCAAUCCUACAGAAAAUAUGUGGGCAGAACUCAAAAAGCGUGUGGGAGCAAGGAAGCCUACAAACCUGACUCAGUUACACCAGCUCUGUCAGGAGGAAUGGGCCAAAAUUCACCCAACUUAUUGUGGAAGGCUACCAGAAACGUUUGACCCAAGUUAAACAAUUUAAAGGCAAUGCUACCAAAUACUAUUUGAGUGUAUGUAAACUUCUGACCCACCGGGAAUGUGAUGAAAGAAACAAAAGCUGAAAUAAAUAAUUCUCUACUAUUAUUCUGACAUUUCACAUUCUUAAAAUAAAGUGGUGAUCCUAACUGACCUAAGACAGGGAAUUCUUACUAGGAUUAAAUGUCAGGAAUUGUGAAAAACAGAGUUUUUAAAUGUAUUUGGCUAAGGUGCAUGUAAACUUCCGACUGUAAAUGCUCUUGGUUAAUCCGAACACUUCACGGCAGACUGGAACCAUUUAACUCCGUUCUGUUUGUAGCUACAUCUUGUUUGGCUAGCUAGUCACUCCGGUUCACACUGACCUGACCGUGGCACGUGCAGAACGUAGCCCAUCACUUUUUCCUACUGAUCUGUCGAUAUAUGAACUGUAACUCAGUAAAAUCUUUGAAAUUGUUGGAUUAUGCGUUUAUAUAUUUUUUCCCAAGUGUACAUUUCCUAUAGCUUUUGUAGCCUAUAGCUUUUCCUGGAAUUUCAUGAGAAGAGGAAUGGCUUAUUAUGGAGAGACUUGUAUAGCCUAUAGCCUGUUGUAAAGGCGAACAGCUGGAAGAGAGAGGUUAGUGAUUUGUAGCCGAAGUAAGAAGCUAAAUAUUAGCUAGCUAUUAGGCUAUUCAUUAGCUAAAUAUUAGGGCUAUAGGCUGAAUAUUUAUCUGUCAAAGUGCAAGAAAAAUAAAUUAACAGAUUAUGGAAUGGCAGAUCUGUAGUGCGUUCCUCCAGGCUGCGCUCAGUGGUCCCUGGGCGCUCAAAGCUCCACUAUUGAUUAGGCCUACGUUUUUAGACCAGGCUAAUUUGAAUAACCGCUCACAUGUUUUGUUUCAUGCCGAAAUUACUGCAUCGGCCAACAGCCUGGGCCUGCUUAUGCAACCAAUUGGAUCAGUUUAGUUCUAUUCUCCACAGUUUAGAAAGUCCAGAAAGGUACAUUAGCAGGACACUCAUAUGGUGUAGGCCUAUUUUGUCAGGAUGUAGCCUGGUGUUAAGAUAGUAGGCCUAUGGGAAAAUAUGGGCUUCUCCUUUCCAACUCCCCGCCCAUUAAUGCUGUAGCCUUACAUUCAGCAAGCAAGAGCAAGCGUGCAUCUCUCCUCCAAUAGGCUAUUAGCCAGUGGUGAUUUUUGAAUGUAAAUCUUGUAGGGCAAACAACCAUUUUUGGGGAGGAUGCAUAGCAGCAAAGCCACAACACAAUACAACAUUAAACAAUACAUUAACUGCACUAUAACGGUGACAAACGGUGCCCACAAAAUGUUAGGGCCUACAUAAAGCUGUCCCAACAGCAGAGUCCCAACACCUUAUCACUGCUACACCUGGCUAUCAGCGGAGCCUUGUCUGGCAGCGAAACAGUUAAUUCAGCCGGAUUUAAAGGCAGUAAUAUGGCUGAUAUGGCUGACUUGCUUAAUCAAAUAUGGUGUCUACUGACAAUUGAGAUGUACAAACUAUGGCAUAAGGGAACGAUAAGCGGAUAAGAGGCAAUCCGUUUUUUCGAUUAAGACAAUGAUCGAGCUAGGACGGAUGUAGUCAAUAUAACUAUUUGUUCAGCACUUUUGAAAUGCACAGCAACAGAAUUCAGAACAUGGUCCAUUCUUACAGUGUUCUCCCUGUACACCAAGUGAGAACCGUAGGAUAAAUAAAGGGGGCAUAUAAGCAGACAAUGAAAGCUCUUGCAAUAUUCAAUGAUUACAUUUAUCUAAAACAGGUUAUAGGCUACAUGUUUACCAGCAAGUCAGAACCGUAGGUGAAAUUAAGAGGUGAAAAUUAUUAGGGUGAGGAACAUGGGCUACAAACAGCUUACUACACAGAAUACACUUCAAAUGUUACUUUAUUAGCUCUCCCUGGCAUAUUACAUCAUUUAUGCAGCACCUGUAACGGCUUUCCUCCUCCUCUUCAUCAGAAGAGGAGGAGCAGGGAUUGAACCAAUAUGCAGCGGAUUGUGACGACAUGAUUUAUUAAAGAAAAAACACGAACUCGACUAUACACUAACAAAACAAAUAAACGGUGUAGACAGAUCUGAACGACGGACUCACAUAACACACGAGAACGCACGAACAGGGAAAAAAGCCUACACAUAAAUGACACUGAACAAACAAACCGAAACCAGUCCCGUGUGGAGCAACGACAUACACAAACACAGGAGACAAUCACCCACAACGAACACUGUGAAAACACCUACCUAAAUAUGACUCUUAAUUAGAGGAACGCCAAACACCUGCCUCUAAUUAAGAGCCAUACCAGGCAACCCAUAAACCAACAUAGAAACAGAAAACAUAGAAUGCCCACCCAACCUCACGUCCUGACCAACUAACACAUAUAACAAACUAACAGAAAUAGGUCAGGAACGUGACAUAACCCCCCCCAUAAGGUGCGAACUCCGGGCGCACCAGCACAAAGUCUAGGGGAGGGUCUGGGUGGGCAUCUGACCACGGUGGUGGCUCAGGCUCCGGGCGAGGUCCCCACCCCACCAUAGUCAAUCCCAGCUUCCAUCUCCCCCUAUGAAUGUCCACCCCCAUCUUAACCCCACAAAAUCCUUUUGGUAACAUCAACAACCGGGGCAGCACCGGGACAGAUGGAUAGAUCAAGACAGAGGGAUAGCUCAAGACAGAGAGGUAGCUUAGGAUAGAGAGGUAAAUCAGGAUAGAGGGGCAACUCCGGACUGAAAGGCAGCUCCGGACAGAGAGACAGCUCUGGACUGAGGGGCAGUUCUGGGUAAAUAGCCGCUCCGGGCUAAGGGACAGCUCAUGACUGGCUAACGGCUCUGGACGCUCAUGGCUGGCUGACGGCUCUCGACGCUCAUGGCUGGCUGACGGCUCUCGACGCUCAUGGCUCGCUGACGGCUCUGGACGCUCAUGGCUCGCUGACGGCUCUGGACGCUCAUGGCUGGCUGAAGGCUCUGGACGCUCAUGGCUCACUGGCGGCUCUGGCAGAUCUGGUUGGCGGCUCUGGCAGAUCCUGUCUGGUUGGCGGCUCUGGCAGAUCCUGUCUGGUUGGCGGCUCUGGCAGAUCCUGUCUGCUUGGCGGCUCUGGCAGAUCCUGUCUGCUUGGCGGCUCUGGCAGAUCCUGACUGAUAACUGGCUCUAGCGGCUCCUGACUGACUAUCGGCUCUGACGGCUCGGGACAGACGGGCGGCUCUAAUGGCUCAGGACAGACGGAUGGCUCAGACGGCGCUGGGGAGACGGAUGGCUCAGACGGCGCUGGGGAGACGGAGGGCUCAGACGGCGCUGGGGAGACGGAUGGCUCAGACUGUGCUGGGGAGACGGAUGGCUCAGACUGUGCUGGGGAGACGGAUGGCUCAGAUGGCGCUGGGGAGACGGAUGGCUCAGAUGGCGCUGCGGAGACGGAUGGCUCAGACUGCACCUGUCUGGCGGAAGGCUCUGGCUGCUCCUGUCUGGCGGAAGGCUCUGUAGGCUCAUGGCAGACGGGCAGCUUUGCAGGCUCAUGGCAGACAGGCAGUUCAUGCGCCGUUGGGCAGACGGCAGACUCUGGCCGGCUGAGACGCACUGUAGGCUUGGUGCGUGGUGCCGUAACUGGAGGCACCUGACUGAGGACACGCACUUCAAGCCUAGUGCGGGGAGCAGGGACAGGGCACACUGAACUCUCAAAGCGUGCUAUACUCCUGGUGCGUGGUACCGGCACUGGUGGCACCGGGCUGAGUGCACGCACAUCAGGACGAGUAUGGGGAGAAACAACAGUGCACAGGACUUAGGAGACGCACAUGUGGCUUAGUGCGCGGUGCCGGAACUGGAGGCACUAGGCUGGAGACACGCACCAUAGGGAGAGUGCGUGGAGGAGGCACAGGGCUCUGAAAACGCACUGGAAGCCUGGUGCGUGGUGUAGGCACUGGUGGUACUGGGCUGGGGCGGGGAGGUAGUGCCGGAAAUACCGGACCGUGAAGGCGUACUGGCUCCCUUGAGCACCGAGCCUGCCCAACCUUACCUGGUUGAAUGCUCCCCGUUGCCCGACCAGUGCGGGGAGGUGGAAAAACCCGCACCGGGCUAUGUAGGCGAACCGGGGACACCAUGCGUAAGGCUGGUGCCAUGUAAGCCGGCCCGAGGUGACGCACUGGAGACCAGACGCGUUGAGCCGGCCUCAUGACACCUGGCUCAAUGCCCAAUCUAGCCCUACCAGUGCGGGGAGGUGGAAUAAUCCGCACUGGGCUAUGCACUCGUACAGGAGACACCGUGCGCUCUACUGCGUAACACGGCGCCUGCCCGUACUCCCGCUCUCCACGGUAAGCCUGGGAAGUGGGCGCAGGUCUCCUACCUGCCCUUGGCCCACUACCUCUUAGCCCCCGCCAAGAAAUUUUUGGGGUCUCCUCUCGGACUUCCAGCCACGUCUCCUAGCUGCCUCCUCCUACCAACGCUCUUGGGCUUUAGCUGCCUCCAUCUCCUCACGAGCGCGGCGAUAUUCUCCUGACUGUGCCCAUGGACCUUUCCCGUCCAAUAUUUCCUCCCAAGUCCAUGAUACCUGUGUAGAAUCCUGCUCGAACUCACGCCGCUUGGUUCUGGAUUGGUGGGUGAUUCUGUAACGGCUUUCCUCCUCCUCUUCAUCAGAAGAGGAGGAGCAGGGAUUGAACCAAUAUGCAGCGGAUUGUGACGACAUGAUUUAUUAAAGAAAAAACACGAACUCGACUAUACACCAACAAAACAAAUAAACGGUGUAGACAGAUCUGAACGACGGACUCACAUAACACACGAGAACGCACGAACAGGGAAAAAAGCCUACACAUAAAUGACACUGAACAAACAAACCGAAACCAGUCCCGUGUGGCGCAACGACAUACACAAACACAGGAGACAAUCACCCACAACGAACACUGUGAAAACACCUACCUAAAUAUGACUCUUAAUUAGAGGCAGGUGUUUGGCGUUCCUCUAAUUAAGAGCCAUACCAGGCAACCCAUAAACCAACAUAGAAACAGAAAACAUAGAAUGCCCACCCAACCUCACGUCCUGACCAACUAACACAUAUAACAAACUAACAGAAAUAGGUCAGGAACGUGACAGCACCAUACAAUAACUUUUUGGACUCACCUUGUUGUGCUGUGCUUACUUGAACAGGAAGGUGGCGCGACGAUCCUUCGUGGGCAAAUUUUGUCUUCAAACUUUGUCAUCAAAGUAUGUCAUUCUCUGAAUUUAUGGUGCUUUCAAGACAACUGGGAACUCGGAAGAAAACAAGGUUAAAUCAUGAUGACGUCAGGGAUCUUCAGGUCGUAGCUAUAGAAAAAGGCCCGAGUUCCCAAUUUACACUUCCGAGUUGGAUGACAGCUGAAAACAUAUUUUGCCAGUUGGAGCUCGUUUUUUCGCGAGUUCCCAGUUGUCUUUAACUCACUGAAGUCCGAUUUACCAGUUCCGAGUUAACAGUUGUUUUGAAAUCGGCAGAAAUCAUGCAGGGAUUGACAGCAUGGCCAAUGUUGAAUGUUUAUAAUUUUAAGCUUGGAAAAGAGACCCUUAAACCCAGAAUUGGGACCACACACCAACUCCACUGAAUAGCAUGCCAGCGACUGCUUUGUAAUGCUUGCAGUUAGCCACUGAUUCCUUUCAAACCACUCAUUGUUGAAUUUGCGAUUUUUCCAACUUGUUGUGUAAUGUUUAUGUCCAAUGGCCGAUGAGCACCGAUACACUUUUUCUUUAAUUUCCCUUCAUUAUUUCUCCUCAUAUGACAAGGAUUAAAAAGGAUUUACCAGUAGAUUCAUGACUGCUAGCUAAGAUUUUGAAAGUAUGAUGAUGACACGAUCAGUCCAAUCGUCAUUUUAUUGGUGGCUAAUGACCUUGAGCCAUCUUGGAUGGGCACUUCUAAUGUAAAUAACUUAACUGUAAAUACACUGUAAAUAACUUAACUGUUAAUAGCUUAACUGUUUUUCUGUAUUUAUGAAUGAUAGAAUACUGUUAAAUUACAGGGAUGAACUUUGUCGUGUAGAAUAAUAGGAAAUGUCAGUAAAUGCGAAAUUACAUUAAACUUCCUGUAUUUUUA